AGCUUGGUGCCCGGCCCCAUGAAUCCCUCUUCAACAUGGCCAGGCGCCACGGCCCGGUCAUGACCCUACGCCUCGGCUUGGUGACCAGCGUCGUCGUCUCGUCCCCGGAGGCCGCCCGGGAGACCCUCCAGAAGCACGAUGAGAACUUCUCCGACCGGGCGGUCCCCGACGUGAUCACCGCGCAGCCGAACCCGGAGUUCACCCUCGCAUGGGUCCCGGGCGACCGGCGGUGGCGGGCACGGCGCCGCGUGUGCAGCACCCAGAUGUUCACCGCCCAGCGCCUGGACGCCCUCCAGCACCUGCGCCACCAGAAGGUCCACCAACUCGUCACCCACAUCAAGAAAUCCUGCGAGCCGGGCAGAGAGGUCGACAUAGGCCAAUUGGCCUUCGCCACGACUUUGAACCUCAUGUCGAGCACCAUGUUCUCGAUUGACAUCGUCGACCCGGAAUUCCAAACGGCUCAGGAGUUCAAGGACCUGGUGUGGAGGAUCAUGGAGGAUGCCGGGAAGCCGAACCCGUCUGACUAUUUCCCUGCGGUCCGGCGGUUCGAUCUGCUAGGCGUAAAGCGACACAUCCAGCCGGCCUACAUAAGGUUGCACGAGAUAUUCGACGAGAUCAUCGACAAGCGUUUGAAAGAAAGGGCAACGGGAUCGUCGAAGAGCGGUGAUUUCUUGGAUGUGCUUCUGGAUCAGUGCCAAGAAGAGGGGUCCGAUUUUACCCGGCAAAGCAUCAAGCCAUUGAUCCUGGAUCUAUUCAUCGCCGGAAGCGACACAUCUGCCCUUACGACGGAAUGGGCGAUGGCGGAACUCCUCCACAAUCCGAGCCUCCUCCAAAGGUCAAGAGACGAGCUUGUCACUGCCAUCGGCAUCGAGAGGCCGGUUCAAGAAUCGGACACUCGCCACCUCCCUAUCUCCAAGCAAUCGUCAAGGAGACGCUCCGUCUCCACCCGGCGGCGCCUCUCCUCCUCCCUUACAGAUCCAAGAACGAUGCAGAGGUGUGCGGGUACGUCGUCCCGAAGGGCAUGCAAGUCCUGGUGA